AUGCCGCCUAGAAAGAAGCUCAAACCGACACCGGAAGCCGCCCCAGACACGCCGGUCGAGCCAAGUCGCUCUGUCUAUGGUGACAGCCACGCAGCGACUGAGAAAGCCUUGCUAUCCGCACAUGCUCAACACCUAUGGAACGCCGGCGUGAUCGACGAGCACAUGGUCGCGGAGCUGUCGAAACCCAACCCCAAAUCCGACGUCCACAGCGUCAGGUAUACAACAGACUACCUCGCGGCCCAUCCAGACUACACGGGAGAGGACGCGGACGAGCUACCAGCUAUGCAGACUGCUAUGAAACACCGGAGAAGCAGAGACGAGGCACAAAAUAGGGUUUUGGAAGACUACUGGGCGGGACGCAUCGAUCUCUGGGGUCACCCAACUGGACAUCAGGUCGAUGAUAACAGCAGGGACUUACUGCCGUGCACUCAAGGCGCCGUACCGAUCAUCACCCGAAGGGAAACACACAAGCAUUUGUAG